GAGACUGGUCUAAUUUCCAUUUCAAAUUGUGACAAACCAUUGACAAAUCAUUUAGAUUCAAUUAAUUUAAGUAAUUCCCAAAUACCCACAGAGGGCCAUUUAAUUUGCUACCGAGUCGGUAUAUUUUCAUGCCAGCCAAUGUUUCAAUUAACUGUAUGUCCGAAAAUUCGGGCACAGCUAGGUGUGAUGUGGAAAAGAAGUACUACGAAAUGCACAUGUCCAAGUCAUACUGGUAAAGCAAAAGCAGACCGCUCGGUAUCUCCAGUGAUGUCUUAUUAUUUGCUUGUGCACAAAGGAGUCCUUGUGCCAGUUGGAUCAGGCAUUUGCCGUAGAUGUAGAGGAGAACUGUAUGAAGCCAUGAAAGUUGAAAAUAUGUUGAACAUAAAGAUACCUAUGGAUACUCGUGAUACAGCUAGCAUCACUUCAACUUGUUCAGCUUCACAGGAACUUCAAGACAGCUGUCAUGAGAUAAAAAAUUUUGCAUCUCACUCUGCAAUGACAUGCAAUCAAGAACAAUCAGACCUUCAGUCAGAAUUAUUAUCAGAUGAAGAAUCAUUUCAUGAUUCCCAGUCCCUAUCUCAGGUGUCCUCCUGGAGUGAAGAGAACAUGGAUUGUGGUUUACGUGACCUCAAUAAAGCUAUAGAUAUACUUGGUCAUGGGAAAACAAGUCCUUUGAAAUUUAGAGUGACACGAGAUAUAUCCUCUUUACAACCCUCCACAGCUAGGCUUUUGAAAAGGAAAGCAACAGAAACUGUAAACUUGGUUCUUGAUGCAAUUGCACCUGGACAGGCUAGUAAGCUACAAAAGAUCAUCCAAGAACCAGACCAAUCUGAAGGUACUAGCAUGCCCCAGAAUUUACUGCAAGUUGUCAUCAAUCUUUACAUUGAAAGUACAGACAGGCAUACAAAAAAGCAGCUUCUAUCCAUGAUAGCUAACUCAUAUACAAAGAAAGAACUUCUGCAUCUUAUUCCUGGUGUUACAGUUCAUGGCAUCAAUGAGGCACGCAAGCACGCUGCAGAACAUGCAGCAGGUGCAAAUAUUCCCAUGCAAAAGCCAGUAUUUCAUCAUAAAAUGGAUCAAGCAAAGUUGGAUCAUGCACUGGACUUCUUUUUCAAUCCUGCAUUUCACCAGAUUACAUCAUUUGGGACAAAAAUAAUGAAACUAGAGGAUGGAAGCUUUGUUACGAUUCCUGAAGUUGUAAGGACAGUAUGGCACUCCACCUUAAUAAAAGUCUACCAGUCUUACUGCAAGGACACAGAUUUCGUUCCUUUGUCCAGGUCAACUUUGUUUUACAUUCUUAGUGUAUGUCCUGCCUCAAAAAGAACAAAUCUGAGAGGCUUAGACAAUGUUGCAGCUGAUGGAGGAAAUUCAUAUGAUCUACUUUUAUCAACAAUUGCAGAUAUGGAGAAGUAUGCCACUGAUGGUCUCAGACAGAUGGAACUGAAAGAAUGUAAAGAAGCCCUGAUGGAAAGCAGAAUAUACAUGAAGACUGACUACAAAGUGCAUUUAAAACAGGGAUCGAACAUUAAUAAAAGUCAGUUAUAUUAUUUUGAAACAGCUCUUCCUAGUAUUACAAAAGAAGACAUUUUGAAUGAUAUCAGUGCUGCAGAGACCAAAAUAACCGAGUGGAAGAGCCAUAUUGUGAGAUGCAUCAAUCAAGAUUAUGCCAGAAUUCACCAACUUCAAGAACUGCAAUUUGGAGAUGUUCUGCUGAUCAUGGACUGGGCUAUGAAGUUCCUUCCAAUAGCUUUUAGAGAAAAACAAAGUGACUGGUAUGGCCAGAAAGGUGUUAACUGGCAUGUCAUAGUAUGCAUCUUUAAAGAUGAAACUUUGAAUCUAAAGCACAGAACAUUUGUUCACUUGAUUGAUAGUAUAAAGCAGGACUGGAUUGCUGUAGCUUCCAUACUUGAAAGUACUUUGACCGAAAUUAAGGAGCAGCUGCCUGAUGUCAGACGUGCAGUACUGCGUAGUGAUAAUGCAGGCUGCUAUCACUGA